CAUGAAGGAAAAGUCCAAUUUAACUUCUUCUUUCGCAGACUUUCUUUUAGGAAAAGUCCUAAUAACUAAAGACUGCGAAGGGUAGUCAAAUCCUUAAUUCAUAUUCUACGUUUUUUUUUUUCCGUUUCCAUCUUUCUCUGAAUCAAUGGCCGAUGGAUUGCUGCUAUUGAUAUUCCUUCUCGUUUCAUUUUCGUUCGUCGCAGAAGUAACUUCUAGGAACAUAACCAUAGAAAACAAAUGCGACUAUAGUGUCUGGCCGGGAACCUAUGGCUAUUCGACUAACGGGCCUUCCCUCUCUACCACUGGCUUUCUUCUUAGAAAAGGAGAGGCUCGUGUCAUCAACGUGCCGUCCUCAUGGAGAGGUCGUUUCUGGGGUAGAUCGCUCUGCUCCACCAACUCAACUGGGGGGUUCUCCUGCGUCACGGGAGACUGCCGUUCCGGAAAUAUAGAGUGCUCUGGAGCCUCAUCAACGCCUCCAACGACUCUGGUCGAGCUUUCCCUCGACACUUUUAACGGUCAGGACUUCUAUGACGUAAGUGUGGUCGAUGGUUACAAUCUCCCAGUGAUAAUUGUGCCGCAGCAUCCCCAGCGUGGCCAAAGUUGCAUCAGCGUUGGUUGCGUGGUCAACCUGAAUAAAACGUGUCCACGGGAGCUUAAGGUAGGCGGGGACCAGCCAGUGGCUUGCAUGAGUGCCUGUCAGGCAUUCAACUCGUCAAUUUUCUGUUGCACCAAUUCAACGGAGAAAUGUCAAGCGACGCUUUACUCGCAGAACUUCAAGAGGGAAUGCCCACUGGCUUAUAGCUAUGCUUUGGACGAUCAAACCACCGCCUUCACAUGCGCAAACUCACCUAACUAUGUCGUUACGUUUUGUCAGUCGACUAUUCCGAACGCGACCAAUAGUUCAGUGGCCAAGUCUCCAUUUCCAGCUCAAACACCCUCAAAUGGAUCCUCAAAAUCUCCAUUUCCUGCCCCGACAACUCUUGAACCUCCCUCACCGUCUCAACCUUCCAAGGAAGCUACUACAAGAGCAAAACAGAAAAUAUCAUGGAAGUUAAAACUCAUACUCGGACUGUCAGCGGUUUCAGUUGUGGUGAUCAUUGUUAUAGUUGCGGUAAUAGUGAGAGCACGGAAUGCAAGAAAAAGUGAAUGGAGUGUCGAAAAUAUUGACGCAGUUGUAAUGAUGAAACGAUAUAGUUACGAAAAAGUCAAGAAGAUGACAAACUCAUUUGCGCAUGUUCUUGGGAAAGGAGGAUUUGGAACUGUCUACAAAGGAAAAUUACCUGAUGGAAACCAUGAUGUUGCAGUGAAGAUUUUACUGGAGUCAAAGGGGAAUGGAGAAGAGUUUAUCAAUGAAUUAGCUAGCAUGAGUAGAACAUCUCAUGUCAAUAUUGUUUCUUUACUUGGAUUCUGCUAUGAAGGAAACAAGAGAGCUAUAAUCUAUGAGUUCAUGCCAAAUGGAUCCCUCGACAAGUUUAUUUCCGAGAAUAUGUCAGCGAAGCUGGAAUGGGAAUAGUUAUACGACAUUGCAUUAGGUGUCUCUCGCGGCCUAGAGUAUUUGCAUAAUCGUUGUAUAUCAAGGAUUGUGCAUUUCGACAUAAAGCCGCAAAACAUACUCAUGGACAAAGAUCUCUGUCCCAAGAUUUCAGAUUUCGGUCUUGCUAAGCUGUGCAAAAACAAAGAGAGCAUCAUUUCAAUGCUAGACGCGAGAGGGACUGCAGGAUAUAUUGCUCCUGAAGUGUUUUCUAAGAAUUUUGGAGGAGUUUCGCAUAAGUCAAAUGUAUAUAGUUAUGGGAUGGUGGUUCUUGAGAUGAUUGGAGCAAUGAAUAUAGAAAACGUUAAACAUUCUGGAUCAAACAAUAGUUCAAUGUACUUUCCAGAUAGUAUCUAUAAGGAUCUCGAGAGGGGAGAAAUCAUGAGGAUUUUUGGAGGUCAGACAACCGAAGAUGAAGAGAAAAUUGCAAAGAAAAUGGUAUUGGUUGGUCUAUGGUGUAUUCAGACCAAUCCAUCUCAUCGUCCAGCAAUGAUGAAAGUCAUUGAAAUGUUAGAGGGGAGUUUAGAGGCUCUCGAGGUUCCACCUAAACCUCUCUUGUGUUUACCUGCAACAGUUGCAGAAACAACUGAAGGUAGUAAUGAGACUUCAAGCUUCGCUAACUCAAGUCAGUUUGAAAGAGGUACUCUCCAAGCUACUGAAGAUACUUUACGAUUUUCCAACAAAGAAGUUCAAAUACCUAUUACAGGAUCAGCUACCGAAUAGAGUGAAUCUCUUACGUCCAAUAUUUUUAGAUCUUGAGAUAUUCCUGUCGGCUGUUUUAAUAGAAUUCAUAUUCGAUUGUUCUCACUCUAAUAGUAUGAAAUUAUGUAUUUAAGACCAGUUCAA